AUGUUGAGAAGAUCUGGUUUAAAUAUUCAUAGAACCAGACAAGUGAUCCAAAGGUUCUUGUCAGGAUCAACACCCGAUCGUGCUAUUCUUUCCAAAUAUCCAAUUGGUUUGAAUUUGCAUGGAUUUGAGAUUACUGAAACUACACCAAUCCCAGAAUUUUCACUUGUUGCAGUUGGUUUACAACAUCCUAGUGGUGGUAAACACUUGCAUUUACAUGCUGAGAAUGAUACUAAUAACGUGUUUCUGGUUGCAUUCAAGACUAAUCCUCCUGAUUCAACCGGGGUUCCCCAUAUCUUGGAACAUACUACAUUAUGUGGAUCGGAAAAGUAUCCUGUAAGAGAUCCUUUCUUCAAGAUGACAAACAGAUCCUUGAGCAAUUUUAUGAAUGCAAUGACAGGUCAUGACUAUACAUUUUACCCAUUUGCUACCACCAACGCUCAAGAUUUUAACAACUUGUUAGACGUUUACCUUUCUUCUGUUUUUGAACCUAGACUCAACUACAAUGACUUUUUACAAGAAGGUUGGAGAUUAGAACAUGAAGAUGUAAAUGAUAUCAACUCCAAAAUUACAUUCAAAGGUGUGGUAUAUAAUGAAAUGAAAGGACAAUACUCCAAUUCGGCAUAUUAUUUCUAUAUUAAAUUCUUGGAAUCAAUUUACCCACAGUUGCAUAAUUCCGGAGGUGAUCCUAAGAAUAUUACUGACUUGAAUUAUGAAGAUUUGAUUGAAUUCCACAGUAAGAAUUAUCAUCCUUCAAAUGCUAGAUCCUUCACUUAUGGUAACUUGCCUUUGGAAGGUCAUUUACGUAAAUUGAAUGAUUUUUAUACUAGAUUUGGCAAGAGAAGUAAAUCACUCGAUAUCAAGCAGCCAAUUUUCACUCAAACCAAUAACAAAUCAUUUGACAUAGUAGCUCCUGGACCAAUUGAUGCUAUGAGUGGUAAAGAACCAAGUUCACAAUAUAAUAGUUCAAUUACCUGGAACUUGGGUAAUCCAUUGGAUGAGAAUAUGAAAUAUGAAGUUUUCAAAUGGAAAAUUCUCGGUUCUUUGUUGUUUGAUGGUCACAAUUCUCCAUUAUACCAAGAGCUUAUUGAAUCUGGUUAUGGUGAAGAUUUCUCACCAAACUCUGGUGUUGAUAUAACCACUUCAUUAUUCUCACUUACUGUCGGUCUUAACUUCUUGACUAAAGAGCAAGCCGCCAACUUGGAAAGUAAAGUUGUUGACAUUAUCAAGAGUAAAGUUUUGCCUGAAUUGGAAAGCCCUGAAAGCAAUUACGAUGAUAGAGUCCAAGCAAUCGUUCAUCAAAUUGAAUUAAACUUUAAGAAACAUAAGGCAAACUUUGGAUUCGGAUUACUUAAUGCGAUUGUUCCAUCUUGGGUCAAUGGGUUGGAUCCAAUUAAACAAUUACAAGUUGAUCAAACCUUGACUAAAUUCAAAGAAGAUUAUUCCCAGAAUGGAUUAAAUAUUUUCAAGGAUUUAAUCAACGACACCUUGUUGAAUCCAGAAACUAAGAAGUUUAAAUUCACCAUGGAACCAAGAGAAGAUUUUCCUAAAGUUAUUGCUGAAGAAGAAUCAACCAGACUUGACUUGAAGACUAAAUCAUUAGAGCCAGAAGAUGUCAAGACUAUUUAUGACCGCAAUUUAAAACUUGCAGAAGAACAAGUCAAGGAACAAGAUACUGAUGUUCUACCUACAUUAACUAUGGAUGAUAUUCCUAAACGUGGAGAAUUCUACCCAUUGCAAAACAUUUCAAUUAAUGAAAAGACUGUUCUGGAAAGAGUGGUUGAUACUAACGGAUUAGUGUACACUUAUGCCUUAAAGAGCAUUAAUAAUUUACCAAUCAAGUAUCAUAAAUAUCUUCCAUUAUUCACCAACUGUUUGACUAACUUGGCAGGUACUGUUUCAACACCAAUUACUGAUCUUGAAACCAAGAUUAAUAUGAAAACUGGUGGAAUCUCAUUCAAUUAUCGAAUCACACCCAACCCAUACAAUACUUCUGAUUUCAAGUUGGGAUUUCUGAUUAGUGGUUUAGCACUCAAGAAAGAUGCCAAACAUGUUUAUGAUUUAUGGUAUGAAAUAAUUACCCAAACCAAGCUUGAAGCUGAAGAAGACGUUCUUGAUAAAUUGUCAGUUUUGAUUAAGAAUAUGGCCCAGAAUCAGAUUAAUAACAUUGCCGAUAGGGGACAUUCAUAUGCCAGUGGAGUAAGUAGUUCCAAGUUAUCUCCUUCAAAAUAUGUAUCUGAUUUAACUAAUGGGUUGACGCAAAUUCAAUUUGUUAGUGAAUUAAAUUCAAAUCUUGAAAGUAGAGGUGAGGAAUUCUUAACCAGUGAACUCUUGCCUAUUUUGCAAGAAAUUCAACAACAUAUCUUGUAUGGAGAACCUGAGGGAUUCAAGUAUAGACUUGUUGGUGAUGCGGAAAUUGUGAAGGAGAACGAAUUAUUGCUUCAAGAUUUUGAUUCAAAACUUGCAAAGAACUCCCUCCCAUCUACCAAUGAAGGAUUAGACUCUCUUCUAAGCUCAUGGAAAGGUUUAACAGCCAGUGAGAAAACAUUGGUUAACUUGCCAUAUCAAGUUGGCUAUUCUUCAUUAGCCAAACAAGGUGCAAACUAUGCAAGCAAAGAUGGAGCUGCAUUACAAGUAUUAUCGCAGUUAUACACCUUCAAGCACCUUCAUUCUAAGAUCAGAGAAUCUAAUGGUGCAUACGGUGGUGGAUUGAACUAUGACGGACUAUCAGGAAUCUUAAACUAUUAUUCCUACCGUGACCCAAAUCCUGUUAAAUCCAUUGAAACAUUCACUGAAUCAUUCGACUAUGGGUUGAAGGGAUGGACUGAUGCUGAUUUGCAACAGGCUAAAUUGAGAAUUUUCCAAAGUGUUGAUGCACCAAUUAAUGUUUCUAGCCAAGGUUCUUCUGUUUUCUUUGACGGAAUUUCUGAUGAAUUGAGACAGGAAAGAAGAGAAAAUUUCUUGAGUGUUAAUUCGAAUGAUUUGGUUGAUGCAGCUCAGAAAUAUUUGGUGGAUAGUGAUAUUAAUUCCAUUACUAUUAUUGGUGACAAUGAUGCUUUGAAAGUUGGGGAUGAUUGGAAAGUAAGAGAAUUGAAGGCAUAA